AAUUUUAAAAAUUUAAUACUAUGAUUUUAUAUAUUUUUAUAUUUAUUUAUAAUAAUAUGAUUUUUAAUAUUUUAUAAUUAUAUAAAGUGUUAAUAUUGUUAAUUUAUUAUUUAACCGUUUGUAUUUGAUAGUUAACCAGUCAUAAAUAUACGCAAAUGUACCAAUAUUAAACUGUUGUAUCAGUUAUAGAAAUCGGUUAACUAGGCUUAAAACCGUAACCACCGCGACUGCUGCGUUAUGCCGGACCCUAAGUCGUUUUGUUUGCAGCAUUAAACUUUGCAUCAUUGUAUGCGCUUUAUUACGUGCCUUUCCAAACGUAAUUAGAAAAUAAUGUGGAUGACAAUGGUAAUUGACUAAUUAAUUGUAUAUCACAUUUUUAUCACAGUAACACCGGUUAAUUUUAUACCAUCUUUUUCGAGUUGUGUUUAUAUUGCAGAUAAGCUUUUUUUUUUUUUUGUCAACAAAGAUAGAAGAUAAGCUUGUUAAAGUAGGUAUCCCAUUCUGUUACAAAAACAAAAACUAGGUAAUCCACUCAGCAACUGAAGUUAAGCAGAUAAUUUAACUUCUUGUUCAGAUAAAAGCUAAAUACCAAAUACUUUAUCCGCUUUUACUAGUAAAAAUGGAUAAUUAGUAAAAAGGUAUGCACACACCCUCAUGGAGCAUAGUUGAAUUAUAUCUCAUGCUCAAUCAUAUUGUCUCCCAUCUGCUACUUUGUCGUUCUACCCAUCUAGUUUCAUCUUCUUUGAUUUUAGUUUCAAUUUCAGUGUAACUACAAUAAUUGACUCUUAAUAAUGUAGUUUGGCGCAACAUAUGUCUCUAUUGGACAACCAAAGAUCAUUACAAAAUAUUGUCUUGUUCAUACAUGAUUUGUCCAAGAACUUUUUAUAAUAAUGCAUUUCAUAUAGCACCAAGGAAUUAACAUAUUUCACAUCACAAAUGAAUAGAAAUAUUUUGGUUGUUUUUUUUUUGAAGAAAGGGUUUUCAAAUAUUUUGAUUGUUAUUCCUUAACUUUAUUUAUUUCAAGUUCAACCCAUGUAGUCAUUCUUUAUCAGCGUUUAACAAAUACAAUCUUACGAGAUGAUAACCCGCGGACAUGCGCGAAGUGAAUUUUUAUACUAAUGUUUAUUCAUUAACUAGUUUUUAUACUAAUGUUUAUUCAUUAAAUAGUUUUAACAUUUUGCAACACUACAAUCUUAAAUAUAUCAUUGUCUGGCGUUUGGGGACCCGUCGGUUUCGGUUCGAUUAAUUAAGAUUUUAAGAUUUUUUGUAUUACGCUCAUAUGUCCCAUUCGGGUUUUACUAAUUAUCAGGCCGGAUUCGGUUCGGUGGAUCAAUAUGAUCGUAAUUCUCAACAAUUAGUAUAUGUGAAUAAUCUUAAACGAACAUAUGUGUCUAACCAUUAGUUUUAUUACACUACUAGUGUUAUUUUUUAAUAUAUGUGUAUUAAAAAAUUAUCUUAGAACAUAAAUGGUAUUUACAUUGAAAAAAUAAUCGAUAAUCUAACAUUCUAUAUAUAUAUAUACACAAAAUAUUCUAAUUUUUAUUAUUUUUAUGAUUUAUAUAUAGUAUUGUGUCAAAGCGAGGACAUUAAUGAUAUUUAGUAAUAAAAACAAUUGUAGCUAGUCGUUGCUAAAUGGAACAAUUAUAGCAACCAAUUAUCUCUAGCUAAUGAGUAACUAUUUAGCUAUAGAUUACCAACGGAAUCCGUCUCUAGCUAUAUAGAUACGGAAUGCUAUAGUUAGCCACAUAUUUAGCUACAAAGUUAAAACUAUGUGUUUUGUCACUAUAUGUGUAGUUAAAAAACCUGGCUACGAAAAUGUCUUCGCCAAUCUAUAACUAACUUAAUGAAUUCUUGUGUCUUGGUUGUGGCGCCGGCCCUUACACAAAGCCGAUGCACUCGCUUGCGGCCAUUGGUUUUAUUAAUUAAAUUCGGCCACACCUUACAAAUAACUUCUUUAGUCUAGUGGCUAACAGGUAUGUCCACAAUUUCAACUUCUUAUUUUCUUUCUGUUCUUCUCUUUUCUUCAAAGACUUAAAGAGUGGCCACAUAUAUAUUUUUUUUUUGGUUGCAUCCAGCCUUUCAAAUUCUAGGACUGGCUCUGCUUGGUUGACAACGAAAUUUGGUGAGCAAAGUUUCCUUCUUAUUAAUUUAAUGUUUGGUUUCUUUAAUAUGUACUUUCAUCCAGCUUGAAAACAUUUCAAAAUCUCUUUGUCCUCACAUUAUGAUAUGUUUCUUCUUGAGAUAGAAAAAUGGGUUUUGUUUGAUCCGUCUCAAAAUCAUGGGGAUUUGCAUGAGUGUUCAGGUUAAAGCUGAGAGUCCAAGUAACACAGGUGCGAGUCCGAAGUAUAUGAGCUCAGAGGCAAAUGAUACACAAAGCAUGGGAAGCAAAUGCUCUUCUGUGUCUGUCAGAACAAGCCCUCGAACCGAAGGAGAGAUCUUGCAAUCUCCAAACCUAAAAUGUUUCAGCUUUGCUGAGCUCAAAGCAGCAACUAGGAAUUUCAGACUAGACAGUGUUCUUGGUGAAGGUGGAUUCGGUUGUGUCUUUAAAGGAUGGAUUGAUGAGGAAUCUCUCACUGCAUCUAAACCGGGAACCGGCAUGGUUAUUGCUGUCAAAAGACUUAACAUAGAGGGUUGGCAAGGUCAUCAAGAAUGGCUGGCGGAAGUGAAUUACUUGGGGAGGCUUUCUCAUCCUAAUCUUGUGAAACUCAUCGGUUACUGCUUAGAGGAUGAACAUCAUCUUCUUGUGUAUGAGUUCAUGCCUUGUGGAAGCUUAGAGAAUCAUUUAUUCAGAAGAGGUUCCUACUUCGAACCGUUAUCUUGGAAUAUUCGGUUGAAAAUUGCUCUUGGUUGUGCAAAAGGUCUAGCUUUUCUUCACAGUGCCGAGACGCAAGUCAUAUACCGCGACUUCAAAACCUCUAAUAUACUUCUUGAUUCGAACUACAAUGCUAAGCUAUCUGACUUCGGUUUGGCUAAAGACGGUCCAACAGGUGAUAAUAGCCAUGUCUCUACAAGGGUCAUAGGUACCUAUGGAUACGUAGACCCUGGUUACCUUUUGAACGGUCAUUUAACAACCAAGAGUGAUGUCUAUAGCUACGGUGUUGUGCUUUUGGAGAUGUUGUCUGGUCGUAAAGUUGUGGACAAUAAUCGUCCACCGAGAGAGCAAAAACUAGUGGAUUGGGCAAAACCAUUACUUGCAAACAAGAAGAAGGUUUCACGAGUUAUCGAUAACCGUAUCCGAGACCAAAUCUCAGUGAAAGAAGCACAUAAAGUAGCUACUCAAGUGUUCAGAUGUCUCGACGUUGACAAAAACCAGAGGCCAAACAUGAACGAGAUUGUUUUUCACCUCGAAAACAUCCAAGCUUCGCGUGAAGAAGGAGGAAAUAAGACCGAGAAAAGAAUGCGUAGGAGAAGAGACAGUUUUGCUCAACAAACCGGUGUGGGCGGGAUAGCAACUGCUUAUCCACGUCCGUCUGCUUCGCCUCUGUUUGUCUGAGAAGGAAACGAUGAUGUUCUGCUCUGUUGAGUUCAGAUGUACAGUUUUGGUUCUGCUUAUGCACCCAAGGGAUUCAAGUUCAUUGCUCGUCAGAGAUUUGACAAUUGAUCUUUGUAGUGUGAGAGUUGUUUAACAUAAAGUAUAAAUGAUCUCUCAUGUCUUCAACUUCAAGCUUUGUCGUCAUAUUAUGCACGACAAGGGGAACAAAGAAAUGCUUUCAUAUA